GGGCUUCUUGAGACACUGUCUCAAAACAAACAGAAAGAAAAAAAUAAGAAUUGGCGUGUAUGUCACAGGCAAGCCACUGAGGUUACCAUGCUAGAGACACCCAUUCAGAAAAAGUGACAGUGAGUUACAGGCUGCCAAGGGUGUAAGGGCACAGAUGUUCAGGUUCAGGCCCAGAACAGCCUAAGUCUAGAGUACGGUCAAUCAAACACAACCUACAGAUGCCCAGCACACAGUACCAUCAGACUCUGGCUGGCCUGCAGCCCCUUGACUGUGCUAGCUUCGAGAAACUUCUCACGGCCCAGCCUAGCCUGGGUGCCCCCGCCCCCCAACCCCAUUUCCAGGUCUGGGGAAGUCCAGUGCUCACAUGACCCCAGGGGAGGGCUUCUGGCUAGUCCUCGGAGAAAAUGCAUCAUCUUUCCUAAUGAUGUGCGUCCGCCCCAGAGCAUAAAGACUCAGUGAUCCCCGCUUCUGUCCCAGGAGCUUAUUGUCUCUUGCAGCCUCUUGGACCACCGGCGCUUCCACCAGGAUGGAUGCAUGGAUGGCACUGCUGGGCCUGCAAAUCAUGUGGCUUCCAUUCCUGGCUCACUGUACAGCCCCCACUUCCACCCUGAGAUUUGUGGCUGUGGGUGACUGGGGAGGAGUCCCCAAUGCCCCGUUCCACACAGCCCGGGAAAUGGCCAAUGCUAAAGAAAUUGCCAGAACCGUGCAGAUUAUGGGUGCUGACUUCAUCAUGUCCCUGGGGGACAAUUUCUACUUCACCGGAGUGCAUGAUGCCAAUGACAAGAGGUUCCAGGAGACCUUUGAGGACGUGUUCUCUGACCGUGCCCUCCGAAACAUCCCCUGGUAUGUGCUGGCUGGAAACCACGAUCACCUUGGCAAUGUCUCGGCACAAAUUGCCUACUCCAAGAUCUCCAAGCGCUGGAACUUCCCCAGCCCUUACUACCGUCUGCGCUUCAAAAUUCCACGUACAAACGUAACUGUGGCCAUCUUCAUGCUGGACACAGUGAUGCUGUGUGGCAACUCGGACGACUUUGCCAGUCAGCAGCCCAAAAUGCCCCGGGACCUGGGAGUGGCCCGCACUCAGCUGUCCUGGCUCAAAAAGCAGUUGGCAGCAGCCAAGGAAGACUAUGUUUUAGUUGCCGGCCACUACCCCAUCUGGUCCAUCGCCGAGCAUGGACCCACCCGCUGCCUCGUCAAGAACUUGCGGCCAUUGUUGGCCACCUACGGGGUCACUGCCUACCUGUGUGGACAUGACCACAACCUGCAGUAUCUUCAGGAUGAAAACGGCGUGGGCUAUGUGCUGAGUGGGGCCGGCAACUUCAUGGAUCCGUCCGUGCGGCAUCAGCGAAAGGUUCCCAAUGGCUACCUGCGCUUUCACUAUGGAUCUGAGGACUCCCUGGGUGGCUUCACAUACGUGGAGAUAAGCCCCAAAGAAAUGAGCAUCACAUAUGUGGAAGCCUCUGGAAAAUCACUCUUCAAGACCAGCCUCCCAAGGCGACCCAGACCCUGAACACCUUCAAGGGUCCUGCUUGUCCCCUAAUGGGUCUGAGGGAGGAAGCCUCUGCAAGCAUGGUGGGUGGGCCCUGUGAGGACCUCACCCACCAACAGCUUUAUCUGUGCCCUGGUACUCUGGCAGAGUGGGAAGGGGAACCAAGAGGCUUACUUACAGGAAAGAAGUAUGCACACACCACUGGCUCCCCACCGCCAGGCUCACCCCUGAGGUUUUGGGGUAGAGCUUUCUUGGGAGUGGGGCUUUCUUUUAAGUCAAGCAUCUUACUGUCACUGCUAUUCAAUAAAACAAUAGUUGACAAGGCUGUA